AUGUUCAAUCAACUAAAAUCAAUACUUAUUGGUAUGAAUCAAAAUUUAAAAGUUAUUAUGGAUAUUCCUUCAAUGGUAUCACUUAUUAAUUCAGAUUACAAUUAUUCAUGUGAAAUACUCGAAUAUCUUCAUGCAAAUCAAUUACUAUCAAAAAGUGAACCAAUAGAGAAUUAUAAUUUUAUUACUUGGGCGCCAUUCAAAAAUAAAAAAUAUGGUGAAGAUGCCAAAAAAAUGUUCUUUAAUCCAUGCUUAAUACAACUUCCUGUAACUGGAUCAGAGGAUGAUCUUUGUUAUCAUUUUAAAAUUAAAAAAUCUAAAAUUGAUAUUCAUCCAGUAUCAUCUCUCGUUAAAGCACAAGAUUUUGCCUUGGUUAAUAGUCUUGAAGAAAUAAUCGUAUAUUUCAAUUAA